CCUCUGGUUACGCCCCUAACAGGGCCCAGCUGACACAGGGCCCGGACGGCGAGGAGAAACGCUGGGCUUGUGUUUGCACAGGGAGUGGGCAUGACUACCUCCUCUUUCCCUCCAACAAUGAUGGUGUGCGGCGGACUCUCCGAGCCAAAGGCAGCGACUGCGGAGACGCAGCAAAUCACGCAAGAGAUAAAGUCACAGCUGGAAAAAAAAGAAAGCAGGAACUUCAACAUCUUCGAUGCUGUUUCAUAUAAAACACAAGUGGUUGCCGGAAUAAACUAUUUCAUCAAGAUCCACGUGGGGAAUGAUGAGUACUUUCAUGUGCGAGUGUACGAAAGGCUUCCCCAUGAAAACAAGCCAAUGGAGCUCACUAAUUACCAGAGCAAGAAAGAAAAGCAUGAUGAUUUGACUUAUUUCUAAAGAAUUACUUAGAAGCUCUUUUCUUUUGUUAACAUUCCUAUGGGGUGUAUAUACAUACAUCUAAACUUUGUAAAAGUUUUAAAAAAAAUCAUUUUUUUUACAAAGAUGUUACUGUUAAAUCUGCACUACACAUGUCUUAAUUCUAUUAAAAAUAAAUGAUACAACAUUA